AUGCAGGAGGGCACCGAGCUUGCUGAUCUAAGCGCCGAGCAGCGCCAGGUUGUCCACCAUCUCACUUCCUGGCUUCAUCCAGGAGGCUCCAACAACGUUCCGACACUCCUGCGCGGAGUGUUUGGCUCGGGGAAAUCUCGGACGUUGGCGGCCUGCAUCGUCUCGCUGGAUAGGCUUCUGCGUGCCCGGCGGGAUACUCGGAGGAUUCUCCUGCUUUGCCAAACCAACGUGGCGGUGGACACCGUUCUUCACCACCUGCUGUCGCACUUUGGUUGGGACGACUUCGCUCGCCUGGGCAGUUUUCGGAGCGUCGAUCCCGAGCUACUUUAUCGCACGGUAAGCCUCAUGUCCUCCCGACCUGCAGCGGCAAAGGAGCUCUCGGAUGCCUUGCAGCGGCGGCCCCCCGAGGUGCGCCAGGCGUUGCAGUCGGCCAUUGACCAUGGACUUCUGCCCCCAAAGCCAACAGCCUGGCGUCGAAGGCGCUUAGUGGCUGCCACCACAGCAGCCCUCGAGUCAGCAGACUUGAGCCCGGAUGUACUGAGCUGCCCCUUCGUCCUCGUGGACGAAGCGACGCAACUGACGGAGCCGGCAAUCUUCUACGCUCUGCAGAAGGCGCGAGCAGAAGAGGUGCUGCUGGUCGGGGAUCCACGGCAGCUGCCUCCCCGGGCGGUGCAUGCGCCUUUGCAGCUGUCUGCCCUCGAGAGGCUCUGGGAUCAGAAGGGUGCUUGCCGUCUGGAGCUGGCAACACAAUUCAGGUGUCAUCCUUGCAUCGCUGGCUUCUGCUCUUCGCUCUUCUAUGGUGGGGCCUUGAAGUCUGGUAUCACGGCUGAGGAUCGGACUUCUGGUCUUGGCCCCGGCGCCGCGCCACUGGCAGUGGUGCUUAGCGAAGGUCCUGAGACGCGUGUGGGCCAAUCCUUCCGACACGAUGCCGAGGCACAGCUCUGCUCUUCUUGGCUGAAGCGGGCGUCGAGCUGCGGGCGGCUGCAGCCAAAGGACUUUGGGGUUAUUUGCCUCUACCGGCCCCAUGCGGACGCCUGCGGGAGGGCUGUGCGAAGUUCUGGUGCCUUGAAAGACGUCGAGGUGGCAACGGUCGAUGCGUUUCAAG